GCCCUAUUUCCUGUCACCUUCCUCUAUAAAACCAGCCUUCCUCCUCCUCUUUCAAACCCCUCACUCUCUCACUCUUCUCACACUUUUUAAUUUCAUCACCCAAAAUCAAACUAUUUACGCAUUUUCUUUUACUUUCUUUUUCAAGAAUCAAGAAUUUUUAUUUUCCGAGAAAAUGACAGCAAUGAUGGGAAAAUGCAGCAAGAUUCGCCACAUCGUCAGGCUACGCCAAUUGCUGCGACGGUGGAGAAACAAGGCACGCAUUUCGGCGAACCGGAUACCGUCGGAUGUUCCGGCAGGGCACGUGGCGGUUUGUGUAGGAAGUAGUUGCCGGAGAUUUGUGGUUCGUGCUACUUUCUUGAACCAUCCCGUAUUCAAGAAACUGCUGGUUCAAGCUGAAGAAGAGUUUGGAUUCACAAACCAAGGUCCUCUAGCGAUUCCUUGUGAUGAAACGGUUUUUGAGGAAGUGAUUCGGUACAUUUCGAGAACUGAGUCAGGAAGUUCAACUCGGUUCUCGAAUUUUGAAGAUUUUCAAAGAUAUUGUCAUGUUGGUGUUAGAAGUAGUAAUCUUGAUUUCUGGACCGAAUCAAGACCGUUACUCAAGGGAUUUACUGAUAAAACAAUUUACUAAUCCAAAACAUUAACUUUCUUGAAAAUAAAAAAAAUUCUGACCCGGGAUUGACUCAGUCCAUGUUAAUGAGAGCUCUCCACAUGACCAUCAAAGGCCAAAACAAUUAUCAUACGAGUACAGUUGCCGAGUUGAACUCUAAAAUUUGACUCGCGGUUGAGUUGGCCUUCAGCUUUCCAUCAUACAGAGAGAUAAGCUUGUCGGAGAUGUUCUUUUUUUCUCUUUAAAAUUUCUAUUUCCAUUAUCGAUUUAAUUGGGUUAACAUUGUGAGUUACUGAGGCAAGUGAUGAUAGUGUCAAGAAUUUCCGAGAGGAUGCAUUGGAGAUGGCAAGCAGAGGUGGCUGAGUUAUCCACCGAGUCGUCCCGGGUUCGAAUUGGAGAGUUUGAGACACUUGAAAAUUUAUUUGGAAGCAGAGGAAGGAAACAAAAUAAUUAAGUGAUUAUUAACUUAGUUCUAAAUAAUCACUUUUUUGUAAAUUCAUGUUAUUUAUUACUAUUAUUCAUCAAUGAAACAAUUUGUAAAGGAUUUUUAAAUUUAUCGUUCGGAAUUGAGAAUUUUUAAA